AUGGCGCCUGCCAUACGUUCGAGCGAACUGCGACUGUCGUACCCACUAUACGCCCUCGACUUCGACCCCCAGGAUGCAGACUGCCUCAUCGUCGGCGGCGGAGGUGGCGCGGCCAGGAGCGGGGUCGGGAACAAAAUCAGCGUUUUGGAUACUUCCCACGAGGAGGCGCUCCAGAUCGUUUCCGAGAUAGAACUCAGCCGCGACGAGGACAGCGUCAACACGCUCGCUGUUGGUUCCCGCAGCAGCAAUUCGGUUCUGUUUUACGCAGGCAUCAACUCGGCCGAGGAAGACGUGAAGAAGGGGAAGAACGAACAUUUCCGCGUGUUUGCCGCCGACUUGCCAUCCAAAGCCAAGACAGAGCCCAAAAUCACCGAGCUCUCGCGCUCCUCCUUGUUCUCAACCUCAGACACUGAUGCAUACCAGAGGCUGCUGAGGAUAUCGGGGCAGGUCGGCGCAGUUGCGACAGGCACCAUAGGCAGUUCCAGAGACUCCCAGAUCGCCGUCUUCGACAUCCCAGCGCCGACCAGCUCCAGCCCGGCACCCAAGCUGCGAGGGAAGGUGGAGCUGGUUAAGGAGGCAAUGGAUAUGGACUUGAUGCAAAUUUCGGACGACGAGCAUCAGCUUGUGUACUGCAACGACUACGACAUCUGCACCAUGCUCAUCGGGAAGACUACCAGCAGCGGCCCACACACCAUCUUCACAAUGCCGCACGACGAGUCGAGCGGCGCCAAACACCGCCCGACCUUCCGAUGCAUACGCUUUCUGACGACAGACUUUGUGCUGGCUGUGGCAAACGUGCCCAAGGCAGGCGGCGCAGUACUCCAGGGCUACCGGCUUCCUAAGCCAUCCGACCUGGGGAAAGAAGGGAAGGAAGGGAAAGGCCGGCUCGCUAUCUCAGCCCACCUCCCCAAGAGCAUUGCGCGUGCCACAGGCCUGGCUGUCCGCAACCUCUCGCCGCCAGCCACGCCGUCAGCCAAGCAAAGCGACACGCAGUUUGUCAUUGCCGUGACGGGCCAGGACAGCUCCAUCACGCUCUACACCCUCGAGCACCAGUCCAUAGGCGACGUCAACCUCAUCACCAACCUGCACCCCGUGACCACCCUCAAGGGAGUCCACCUUGGGCCUAUCUCAGGCCUGGCCUUUUCCCCCUUCACGCCGCCCUCCAAACCCCCAACCCCUUCCCAAAAGCACCCCCACGUCAAACUCGCCUCCAUCGGCUCCAUGGGCAACACCUGCGCACUCCACUCCCUCCCCCUCAAAACUCUCCCUACCACCAGCAAUACCACCCAACAACCCGCUCCUAUCUCGCGCUACGUGCUCGCUCUCAAAUCCCGCGCGCCGUCCCCCAGAAACCUGCUCCUCGGCUCGGCCCUCUUCAUCGCCUUCCUCGCCCUCCUUCUGCAGGGCAUCAUGGAAGUCAAAGGCCUGUCCAAGCCGCGCAUAGGCGCGCGGUCCAUCACGCCCAUCCGUUGGCACAGUCCCGGGCUUUACUACGGCCUGUCGGAGGCGACGGUGACGUCGCCCGCGUCCCCGGUAUACCAGCACCAUUCUGCAUCCGGGGCCGGGGAAGGCGAAGGGGAAGGGAAGGAGGGUGGGGGGCUCUUUAGGGCGGGGGUUGGAGAAGGGGGGAAGAAGGUGGUUCUGCGGCAUGUCGAGGAGGAGGUGGUGAGGGCGGAGGAUGGGGAUGAGCAGGCGAAGGAGUGGGAGGAGUUGCAUCAUAGUCAGCGGGAGGCGUGGAAGGAGGCGUUGAAGAAGGCUGGGCAUUGGGCUGAGGAGAUGGGCGAGACGGUGUUCAAGGGGGUGUUGUUUGGGGAGAUUGGUGGGGUUGUGGCUGCUAUGGUGGCAUAG